GGAUGCCGAAACAAGUAAAGGGUGCAUUAAUAUAUCAUUUUAAGGGGUGCUUAGAAUCACCUUAAUAUUUAUACACUUUUGUUUAUUUUUUAUUUUUACAUCCCAAUUGAGUAAAGAAUCUUCAAAACUUCCAACUAAUUCUUCUUCUCCAAUUCCAUGAUCUGCUAAACCCAAAUAUUGUUCUUCCCCAAUUUCAUACCAAACCCUAAAUUUUUUCUCUACCACCGCUCCAAUUGGCUUCUCCCCCCAACCCACUUCACCACUUCUCUGCUCUCUCUCCCAUUCGUCGCUGCACGACUGCCAGGUCUUUACUUGACAUUUGUUGGGCAUGGCAACAAAACGCAGUGUUCCAUAUAGCCGUCUUCCUACUGAUGACAAUUAUAAUGAUUAUGGUAUUGGAGGACAACGUGACCGUAGGUUUGAUUACUCUCCAAAAGCAUUUGACAAAAUUCCAUGGAAAUCCAUACUCUUGGCUCUUUUCCUGCUUUUUCUUGGCUCAGCCCUUCUUUUUCUUUCUUACUUCAUUUUUACUGGUCACAUGGGAGGAGAGCGGUCCCAAGCCUAUGGCCUCUUAGCUCUAGGUAUUCUAACCUUCCUCCCAGGCUUUUACGAGACACGAAUUGCAUAUUAUGCGUCCAGAGGUGCCAACGGUUAUCGUUUUGCUUCCAUCCCGGAUUAUUAGAGUUUUCCUCCUUUGUAAUCAUCCUUCUGUUUUUUUCUUUUUCAUAACAUGUAAUGUACCUUUAUAGCCAUUUUUGGUUUUGUUUCUUGCAUUUCUUAUUCCUGAUUUCCUUUGUUUUGCCUGUAAAAUAUGUUGGAAUAUCAAAUAUAUAAAUACUAUAUUUUGUUUUUCAA